AUGACGAUCAAAAGUCUCCAGUAUGGUUCUUGCUUCCUGGAUAUGUACGUUAUAGCUGUCAAGCCUAGUUACCCCCAUUCCAAAGCCAAGGCUACCAAUCCUCCAACUGCAGGGAUUGUAAUAUGUGCUUUGGAACAAAUAUCAACUAAAGGUUUUGGUGUUAAAGUGAAUCUUGUGUCAAAAACAAUGUUUCAGCUCGCCGUUAUCCUUGCUUUAGCAGCCCUAGUAAACUCCCAAGCUGUAUUGUUAACAGACGAUGACUUGUCAGCCUCCACCCCCUACCAGUUCAGUUAUUUGGCUCCUGCAAUCAACGGUGGAAGCACCCACGAAGAGACGGGAGAUGAAUAUGGCAGAAAAACAGGAUCUUACACUGUACAAAAUGAAGAUGGAAGUGAAAGAAUCGUCCAGUACGUAGCCGAUGAAAAUGGAUUCAGAGCGUCCAUCUCCACCAACGAACCCGGCACUGCUAACCAAAACCCAGCAGAUGUUACCAUUCAAUCUAGCGCAGAUGACGGUUACCAGUCAUUGCAGUCUCCACCCGCUGCCGUCAUUCCUUCUGUACCUGCUCGAAGAAUCCCCACGGUAAGACAGCCCUUCAACCCUAGAAGGAUCAUCAGCCGACCAGGCCAACCCUUCCUCGUCCCACUCCAACCCACCGUCAUCCCAACUGUUGUUCCAGUCGACAACGGCAGAUACUUCCCACUGAGAGGUUCAAGUCUCAUUCCACAGGCACUCCCAAUCGCUGGCGAUCAAACUGUGCUGUUCCCUGUGGAAACAUUUUCAGAUGAUUUCUACCAACCCAAUAUCAUCCUCCCACCUUAUUAAGCAGCAUUUUAGGUUUUGGUAAGGGGAAUCCUUUUGGGGAAAAAACGUUUGUCAUAUUUUGCUUAUUUAGUUCUUUGAGAAUGUUAUGACUUGCGAGUUUCAUCAGUAGCGUAAAUAAGCUUAUAAGAAAGUGUGCAUUUUUUUCUGGGUUUUCUGUCCACAGAUGUGAUUUGAGAAAUAUAUAUGAGGUAUGGCUAAAAUCUUCUGAACCUACAUGCUGAUUAACUAAUUUUUAAAAUCACUUAAAUUAACAAAAUUAGCUUUCAAAGAUUUAGGGAAAAUAUAGUACAAAGCAUUUGGAUGACAAUAUUAGGCUUUAUUGGGAACAAAAAAAACAACUUGGUUUGAAAGGAUGCAUUUCCAUUACAUUUCAAAUUUGCAUUUACUUAGAUUCUUUCCUUUGCUUCUAAGUUCAUUGCUAUUUCAUUUUCCUUUCAUUACAUAAUAAGAAGUUAUGAACUUUAAUGACAAUGUCCCUAAUGUUAGAAAAAAUAAUAUACAAAUUAAUAUUAGUGACCAUUUGAGUCAUUCUGAAACUUUGCUUGAAAAACUUAAUUUCUCAGGUCUCCAUUCAAAGUAGCUUUUCUUAUAUUCGUAUAAGAGUAAAACCCCUGAUUUGUUAUUCGUAUGAAUUCAUUGAUUCUUUUAUCCUUUCGACAUUACAACUUAUACGAAGGAUUUACUUCAACAAUUUGUAAUAAAUCCUUCUAAACUAUUGUUUGCCAACCUAAUGAAACUUAUUAAUGCAGAUGAGAUGUAAAAUGAUAUAAAAGGAUUUACUUAUAAAAGAAAAAAGGAUAAAAGCCAACCAUUUAUUCGAAUCAGUUUAAGACAAUCUUAAUAUGAAAUUUAAGAAAGCGAAAUCAAAAGGAAUGUAGUAUUUAGAAAAUGGUCAUUUAAAGAAAAAAAAAUAAAAAAACACAAGAAAUCCGAUUUAUUUAGAAAACUGAAGCUUCUUGGGGUAUUUCCGUUUUCCAGAAUGAAACUUGCAAUCGUAUCAUUUUUUCAGAACUGAAUAAGCUGCUGAAGUGGUUGUUGCAUCUCUUUAUUGUACGCACUUGUCUAGAGCUUACUAUUCAUGGUCUGGAGCUUAUUGUUCAUUUUCUUGUUGUUCAUUGAUGUUUUCCUUCGCAGUGAGACCAAAUCGCUCGUGUACAGUUGAAUGUAAAUAAAUACUGUA